GCCGAGCCCCGCCCGCCCCACGCCCUGCCCCGUCGGCUGCCAGCUCUGACAGUCGCUUGACAGCCGGAGCCGUCUGGGGGUUCUCUGGGGCCAUGGACUCCUCUAGCGGCACCCCGGGGUGCAUGGGGCAAUGCACCAGCUUCCUCCGCUCUCACAAGGGCACCGUCCUGGCGCUGGAGAUUGGCCUCUGUAUUGUUAUCCUGAUCUGUUAUGGUGCUUCUCGGACCCCUGGUUACACGGGUGUGGCCAUCUUCGAAAUGGUGUUUUCAAUCGUCUUCUUCAUCAUCUAUAUGCUAGGAUUAAACAAGCAGCUGGCUUUUGUGCACUGGGGCUGGAGCGAUUUCGUCCGCAGUCUCAUUGGUGCUCUGCUCUUCCUCAUCACCUCCAUCAUCGUCAUCAUUGGCCACAGGGACGGACCUGGGAUCGCAGCUGGGGUCUUUGGGCUCCUGGCGGGCAUCCUGUUUGCAUACGAUGCCUAUAUUACAUUCCCCACCCUUCGGAAAACCCACACAGCUGCCCCCACUGAAUCCCCGGAGGGUGUCUGAGAAGUCGCACGACCCCGGCCCCCACUUUGAUGCCUUCGUCCCCCCACCCCAUGUUGCUGUUUCUAAGGAUUCUUGUACAUACUGCUGGGGGGGGGGCAAAGAAGAGGAACCCUCCACCCACUAGUCUCUCUCCAGCUCCCCAUCCCCAAUUCCUGCCCUGACCUCAGGGCCACACCCAUGUUUAGAAGCCUUGACAAUGGCAAUGCCACCUCCACUUUCCUCGGUUGGCUGAAGCAAGGAUGAGGGCAGUGGGGUCUAGUGGUUAGAACAGGUGUGGGUGGGGGGUGUGGGAAGGUUGGGAGCCAGGACUCCUGGGUUCUAUCCCCAGUCCAGGGCAGGGAGCGGGGUCUAGUGGGUUCUGUCCCUACCACUUGUUCCUAAUUAAGUGCCUUUACUCUUUCUGUGCCUCAGUUUCUCCUGCGCUAACAGGUAUUACACUGCCAGCUGUUCAGGGCAGAAGGACCCAUGUGUUUACAUAGGGCCUACCAGAACCGGAGCCCAUGGGAUGUUUUCAAGGGAAAUAAAUUUUAAUAUAAGGAGAUUUUUUUUAAAUGAACUAAACUUAAGGCAAGGAAACCGGCCUCAGGGUGGGGGACUGGUGGGGAAUGGCACACGGGGGGAUUCGUGUGGUUAUGCUCAGGGCACUGACCCCCCCCGAAACCCCUCAAAUUCUCCCCCCCCCCACUCCCCGGUCCUGCAUGUGGCUGUGUUAAUUUCUGCUUAUUUUUGGGGGGGAAAGGGUUAAUAAAAAUACUGAUCAA